AUGGCACAUCUUGACAGUACGUUUCAUUACUGUAAAGCCGUUUCGGCGCACAUGAAGGCCCACGAGCAGCUCGUCGCGUCGUUCCCGCUCUCGCAGCGUCCGUUCGAGCGCCUGGACCUCAGUCCAACUGACCGUCGGCGGUUCCACACGCAAGCCACGGAGCUCCUGGGUUAUGCUCUUAAAGAGUACGAAGAGUACACGCUGUACCGGCACCGUCAAGUGGACCGGCGACGGUGGAAACCCGUGAAAAGCCAAGACAAACUCACAGUCUACCGGGAGUCCCGGUCGUACGUGGCCAGUCGCUCUCUAAGUGUCGAGGACGAGGCGGGGAACGCGACACGUCAUCGCACGUCUGGCUCGAGCACGAGCUCGGGCGCUUCGAAUUCCGGUUCUGUCUCCGUCUCGCUCCCUGCGCACCAAGUGACGGAGCUGGAGCUUUUGACUGGAUGGGGACCCACGGCAACUGAAGCUCGAGAGCAGAAGAAACGUGCCAAGCACAAAAACGGGACGACGACGACGCUUAGUGGCGCCAAAACCAGCGGAAGUUGCGGCGUGGACUACAUACCGGCCUUGCUUGGCUUGGGCAGUAUCUGUGGCAGUUUGGACGACGUCAUGUACGGCGUAGCGGCACCGGAUAGUGUGACGAUGGCACUCAAGAACUCGUACUUGUACGACGACGUGCUGGAUGAAGACGUGCUGGCAGCUAUUGAAGGACCAUCGAAACGGAGUCCGUUUCGCUUUCUAGGGAUCAAGUGGCUCGUGCACUCAGCAAGUGGCGCUAGUGGCAGUGGCUCGAGCAAACAUCAUAAGGCCGGAGCUCCUCGAGAUUUGGUGUAUCUGGAAGCGACUGGCGUGAUUACUGGCGGAGACGGUAUCCGUAUCGGAUACCAGAUCAUGCAGUCGGUGAAUGUUCGUGGCUGUCCCGAGUUGACGGACUCGCAUGGCGUGGUUCGAGCGCAUUGUGAAAGUGUGUACCUUUUCGUUGAGCUUAACAACCGCGUGGUCGAUGUGUUUCUCAAGUCAAACGCGACACCGAAGGGCAAAUUGUCCGAGUCGGCAGCACUUCAGAGCUGCACAAAUGUGCUGUUGAAUUGUGAAAAGAGUGUCCAGUGCUCCCACGACAAGAAGCUCAUGUGGCAACUGGAAAGCUCGGGAAACUCACCACGUGCGCUCGAACAGGAGGAAAAAGCUAAAGCGACUCAAUGCAGUGUGUGCGAGAAGUCGUUUAGUCGAUUGUAUCGGCACAGUUUUGAGUGCAAACUGUGCUCAUCUGCCAUGUGCUCCAAGUGUUGUGUCGAGCGCACACUGAAUUGUGUGCACGCGGUCGGCAACAAUCGGCUUGCUAAUAAAUAUGUCUCGACGAUCGCUGUGAGCCUCUGCACGAGCUGCGUCGCUACAACUUCGCAAGCAAGUGCGCUGGAUCUGGCACGAGAAGAAGUGGCAUCUGGACGAUUCGGACGCGUCUCGGACAAUUCGUUGCGUACGCCUGGUCAUCACCGUGGAAGUGAUCAGUCAGGGUGCCGCCCGUGUUCAAUCGCUACCAUUGCCAAUGAAGACAUUCCGGGCCAGCCUGACCAUCGCACACAGCCCGUGCAUCAAGCAGAGGAAAGUACUCAUAAUUCCUACCAUAUCCGAUCGAAGGAGAGUAGAAGGAGUCAGCGUGAACAGGGGGUCUGCUGCGGCAAUAUCGAGUCGUGUGACGACGAUAACGCGCAACAGUCCAAGAUUGUGCUUCCUGAUGCCACUGAAAUAUUAUCGAAAAGGGGUCACGCGUGCCGCGAGUCUUCGAUGUUGCACCGGCGUAAGAAUCGUGAGCAACGCAAGACGAGAGCUCGUGCUGGAAGUCAUGAGCCUGUGAACCCGAAUGCACAUGCGCGUCAGCCGACUUUCAGACGGGGACAAUCUAAUGAGGUCAGUCGGUAUAUGUCACGAGCUGAGGUUGGUGGUGAAUCAGAAAGCUUCAACGACCGGCUCCCGUCACCCGAAAGCAUCGUGCAAGGCCUCCAUCAGCUUGCGUAUGACGAAUACACGCUAGUGGAGCUUGAUACUGCGGACAGACAUAGCCGGGGCCAGCCGGUGAAUCUGAGUGAUCUGGUCGAUGCCUCGCCCUCCAGGCUGAGCAAAGACAGCAUUAGGGAGACAACGAGCUCAAGCGAAAGUUGUCUGGAAAACAUUGCCGGUGCAGGCAUAGCCGUGGAAGAUUCUGAAGCAGAGGAAGACGACACUGCAUCCCAGGACACGUUCGAUAGCUUUACUGACCUUAUCAACAUCAGCGAUGACAUGGACGACGUCUACGAGACUCUGGACACGAAGGACAUGGAGGCUGUGAAACGAUCGUCUCAGGUGAAUCGUAAGUUGUGGCAGCAGAUCGCCGAGCUGCGCGAUGCUGCUGAGAACGUCUAUCAGUACACGAAAGAGAGCGCUGCAUUGCACAUCACGCAGAGCGGCACGGUACGAUCUCCUCCGUUGCGCUCCGACUCUGAGAUUUAG